AUGUCCAUACAUGGUGGCCCUAGGGAGCCAGAGGCCAGGCUGGCACUGGAGGGCCAAAGGGUGCUGAUGCCAAGAAGCAGCCUGCAGCCGUCCGCGGGCGGCAGUGACGCAGCGCCAACCCUGAAGCACUGGCGUGUGCUGGAGCGGGCGGAGGAAUUCGUGUCACCACUCUACCACAACUGUAACCUCUGUGGCAGGCUCUUCGGGGACAGCUGCCCGGUGGCCACGCUCUCCAGUUUCCUGACUGAGAAGCUUCCCUACUAGGAGGCGAUCCGGCAGGACUUCCACCCUAAGCAGGUCGGCGACAGCUUUGGACCCACGUGGAUGUGGAUCUGCUGGUUCCGGGUGGAGCUGACCAUCCUGGAGGCAUGGGUGGCAGAAGUUCACCUUCGCUGGGAAAGUGAUGGGGAACCAGUUCAGGGUUUGACCAAAGAAGGGGAGAAGAUCAGUUACGUCCUGAUUGAGAGGCUAGGAAAAGGAGACCCGUGGAGGCCGACCCUCUAUGGGGAAGUCGUCUGCAUUGGGCUCUUGAGGCCCGGGAAGGGCACCAUGAUUGCAGACCCAGACCCAGAGAAGAUGUUCCAGGUGAGCCAGGCUGAGCUGGCCUUCCACCGGGAUAUCCACAAGCUCCUGGUGGAUCUGGAACUGCUGCUGGGCAUGGCCAAGGGCCUUGGGGAAGACAGCCAGUGCAGCUUCCGCCUGUACACAGUCGAUCAGAUUGUGAAUGUUUGUGAUCCUGCCCAGCCCGAAACCUUCCUGAUGGCCCAGGAUCUGGCCUCCAAGUCCUUUGUCCAAUGUGGAGGUAAAAGCCAGCAUACCAUCCAUGAUGGGCACUGCCACAUUGAUACAGCCUGGCUUUGGCCCUUCAGAGAGACGCAGAAAUGUGCCCGGAGCUGGGUACCAGCUGUGCCACUUAUGGAGCAGAACCCCAAGGUCAUCUCUUCCUGCUCCCAGGCGCAGCAGCUUGAGUGGGUAAAGAACUACUACCCUGCCCUGUAUGCCUGGCUCCCGGAGUUUGCCUGCCAUGGGCAGUUUGUGCUUGGAGGCACCUGGGUGGAGAUGGAUGGGAAUCUCCCCCGUGGAGAGGCGUUGGUGCGGCAGUUCCUGCGGGGCCAGAACUUCCUGCAGGAGCUUGGGCAGAUGUGCUCGGAGCCCUGGCUCCUGUGCCUCAGAGGCCCUUUCCUGCACUUCCGGCUGCCAAACACACUGGGCUGCUCAGCACAGCUUCCCCAGGUCAUGCGCAGAUGUGGCAUUAGACACGUCCUGGCCCCAAAACGGAACUGGAACUUGGUGAACUCCUUCCCGCACCCUACCUUUUUCUGGGAAGGGCUGGAUGGCUCCCGUGUGCUGGCCCCCUUCCCACCUCAGAUGGGAUGGAGGGCAGUGUGGAGGAGGUGAGAGGUACUAAAGACAGUGGCCAAAAACCGGGACAAAGGACGGACCAACCAAAGUGCCUUCCUCUUCGGCUUUGGGGAUGGAGGUGGUGGCCCUCAGAUCAUGGUGGACCACUUAAAGCGGCUAUACAAUACAGAUGGCUGCCCCAGGGUGCAGUUGUCUUCUCCGGGGCAGCUGUUCUCAGCGCUGGAGAGCGACUCGAAGCAGCUGUGCACAUGCGUCCAAGAGCUCUUCUGGGAGCUGCAUAAUGGCACCUACACCACCCACGCUCAGAUCAAGAAUGGGAAUCGGGAGUGUGAGCGCAUCCUGCAUGACACGGAGCUGCUCAGCAGUCUGGCCCUAGUCUGCAGUGUCCAAUUUCUAUACCUGGCAGCGCAGCUGCAGGGCCUCUGGAGACUCCUGCUCUUGAACGAGUUCCGUGAUGUGGUGACUGGAGCAGAAGCAGCCAUGUGCCACUACAAAGACAUCCGUUCCCAUGGCAACACACUGCUCAGUGCUUUGGCUGCAGCCCUGUGAGCUGGGGAGCCAGGUGCCAAGGGCCUCCUCAUUGUAAAUACCCUGCCUUGGAAGCCCACCGAAGUGUUGGCCCUGCCCAGGCCUGGCGGGACCCACAGCCUGGCCCUGGUGACAGUGCCCAGUAUGGGUUAUACUCCUGCUCCUGCCCCUUCCUCACUGCAGCCCCUGCAGCCUGUGUUUGUUGUGCAAGAGACUGAUGGUUCUGUGAUUCUGGGCGACGGGAGGCUGGACCCGCCCGGCUGCCUGACAUCCCUGGUGCAGCUGCAGUCCCCAUCUCCUUCCAGGGAGGCUGUUGCCGAGGGCACUGUGGGAAACCAGUUUGUGCUGUUUGAUGAUGUCCCCCUGUACUGGGAUGCGUGGGACGUCAUGGAUUACCACCUAUCCCCCAGGAAGCCAGUGCUGAGCCAGGCAGGGACCCCAGCAGUGAGUGCUGAGGGCGGUGUGGGGGGCAGCUCCUGGCUCCUACUGCAGAUCAGCCCCCGCCAGCUCAGCCAGGAGGUGGUCCUGGACGUUGGUUGCCAUGUCCACUUCCACACCGAAGGGCCCUGGCAUGAAGCCCACACAUUUCUGAAGGGAUUCCCUGCCUGUAUGCAGAACCCCCAGGCCACCUAUGAGGUUCAGUGGCAUCUGCAGCGUCCCACCCACUAUACCACCUCUUGGGACUGGGCUGGAUUUGAGGUAUGGGCCCACAGCUGGAUGUCCCUGUGGGAGCACAGCUUUGGGCGCCUACUCAAUGACUGCAAGUACAGAGCAUCAGUGGGCAGCGUCCUCAGCCUCUCGCUGAGUGGUGUGCCCACCAGUCAGUGGGGGAAACAGCAGCUCCGCGCCCCUAACCCCUUUUGCACCACUGGUUCCUUUCCGGCCCUGGCCCAGGCUCCUAUCCAAGCAGCCUGCAGCCUCCAUUUCCUGCUGUUGACGCUGUGUCCGGGCCAGGCUGGGGCGCCCACAGCCGCCUGGGGUGCCUUCCCUGUGUCUUCCCAGGUGGUGCUGGAGACCAUCCAGAAGGCAAGGGCUGUGACCUCCUGGAGCUGGCCACCUCCCCUUAGGGACACUGGCCUGAAACUCCCCUUUUCUCCCUUCCAAGUGCAGUCUCUGUGGCUCAAGCUGCAACCUCCACCGAACUGA